UUGAUUAGUUUCAAAACGCAAACGGAGGCGGAGUCGAGGAGGCUCUUCUGCUAUUUUUCUAGCUCAUUCCGCCUCUACACACAUUCACAUACUUCAUUGGAAUUCCCCAAUCUUGUAGACUUCAUUAGGCGUAGUGUGUCGUAGUUUGCGGUGUUUUUUUCUUGUUAGUGCGGUGACUGGUCUGUAGUAAUUAUUCCUAGUAGUGACUUAGUGCAAUCAUCGGCAGACUAGAAAUGAUGCUGCCAAAGGUUCUACUUUUGCUCUGCUCAGCAGUAAUACUCGUAUCAGCUGCUGAAGAUGCAGGCAGUAUAACUGCACGAGUAGUGACUACUCCAAAAGCCACGACUAGUAAAUCACCACCUGAACCUGAACCUGAACCUUCAACGACAACUGUUAAUACAACAAGCACUGCAACCCCAUCUACUACUGCCCCAACUACAAUAACAGAAUCAACGACAACACCCACAAAACCUACACCUCCAACCACCACCCCAACAUCUACUACACCAAGCACUACAACAACAGAAUCAACAACAACGCCCACAAAACCUACGGCUCCAACCACCACUCCAACAACACCUUCACCUCCAACUAGCAGCACAGUGCCCUCGACCACGUCAGGCCCUCCAACCACCAAAGCACCACCAACUCCCGUACCACUUGAAACUGGAAAAUGGUUCUGGAAUGGCACUAAUGAAACUUGCAUUGUUGUUGAAAUGGCUGUUCAGUUCGAGAUCAUGUACCCAUCGAAUAUGACGAAUAACACUUCUUCGCAAAAACUCAAUUUGCCCGCGAAGAGCGUAGCUGUUAACGGAAGCUGCAAUCCAAUGGAACAAAUCCUCACUCUUUCGUGGAAUUCAACUUUAGGAUCCGACAAUGAUUCCCUCACCAUUCAUUUCGUGAAGAAUGUUUCGAGCAAGCAAUACACUCUUCACCAUCUGGAACUCGUUAUUUUGCCACAGGAGUUGCCAAACUAUAACUCUACGUCUAACAAGACGUUGAAGUAUGUACACAUGAAGGACGAGUUCCAGACGAAAUUGAGCAACUCGUACCGUUGUGCCAAUCCGCCUAAGUUCAAUUUGACCAAUGAAGGCAGUAAUGUGAAAGUAGGAACCAUUCAAUUGAGUAACGUGCAAUUCCAAGCCUUUAGAUCUGAUAAAACCAUUAACUUCGGCCAAGCUGAAGAUUGUAUAACUGAUACCCCAGAUGUGGUGCCAAUUGCAGUUGGAUGUGUUCUGGCAAUUUUGGUAGUAAUCGUAUUGGUAGCCUACUUAAUAGGACGUAAGCGCGCACAGGCCCGUGGCUACCUCAGUAUGUAAUUCUAACUGGGAAUCCCCUUUUCAAGAUUUUAUAUUAUUAUUAAUAAAAUUAAUGUUUCUCCUGUCUGAAAUUCAACUUUACCCAAAGGCGUUACUCUGAUAAGAAAUAAUUUGAGAUUUUUUUGUAAGGGCACACAUGUUUUAAAGUGCUCACUUUAUAAUUUGUACUCCUAAUUAAUACCGAAAGAAAUCUACGCCAGUCGGUGGAUUGGUAAGCGGAAGUGAUUACUGAUUAGUCGUACGCAGCGAGAUGAUGGCUAGUGAGAAUUUAUACACCCUAAAGAGAAAUAUUCGUGUUUUGAAAUUCCAUUAUUAUAAAUUUGAUCAACUUUAAACAAAAUAUCAUUAAUUCUCUGGGGGUUUGAGAAAAGUAGAAAAAUGUUGCACUUUUCACUGUUUUUGUAAAAAGAAAAUGUAUAUGUGCGACUACUUUUAUAGUCUUUGAAGGUAUCAGUUUGGCAAAAUUUCUUGAAAUGUUUCAAAUCUUUCAAAAGUGAAAGGAAUAUUCAGAAUUGUAUAGGGAAAGAUGCCAUACUAAUGGCAAAAUAUAUUAGCUGCAUUUCAAAACACGAGCAAUGGUGUAAAGGGUAUGGAUAUACGUAAGGUGAAUUACUGUAUAAAUACAGAUACGAAGAAGCAGGAAUGUUGGCGCGAAAGUGGCGUUCGCACUCGCAGAAGAAACUGCGCCUGACAUAUCUUUAAAACACUCGUAAAUUUCUAACAUUCCCUUUCUGAGAUUUUAGCCUUCGAGUGUUUAUUCAUGAAGUUUUGUAUCGUUUUUUGAUUUACUUCGAAAUUUUAUCAACAAUUAUGUGUGAAUCUAUUCUUUGUUAAUUAUGCAUAUUAGUAAAUUAAUUUCUGUCGUCAAUUAAUUAAAUAGCUUAUUUUUUAUUAGCUAAAUUGAUGUUUGAAAUAAACGAAUUGACAGUAGAAGUAAAGUUUCUUCUGUGAAGUGUUCUUCAAAUUAAUUUUUUGUGCAUUUUGUAAACACAAGUACUGAGUUUGAACCCGAAAAUUCCGUUAAGCCAAUCUUCGAUUUCUCCGGAGUUCCGGGUGAUCCUAAUUCACUUGAUUCAACAGUCUCCCGAAAUCAAUUUGACUUGUGAUAUAGAAUAGGAACUAAUUGUCCGGAAUGGCUUUUCCAUUGAAUUUAAUUAAAUUGUGAUACGAUAUACUUUGUCCUGCUAUGCAAGUAAUCAAUUAAUCAUAAGACUCACUGAAUCGAGCGAAUGAAAGUCAUCCACGGCCAAGUGUGGACCGUAAACUUUGCGUAAAAGUAUGUAAAUAUUGAAGUAAAAUUAAAUGAAAUACAACUUUUCAAUUAAACUGCCUGUGUCAUAUUCGUGGAGUCGCUUCAGUAUCAAUAUUAUUAUUGCCAACGGCGCAGAGGUUCUUUAUUCGUUUAAGACUCCUGUAUUUGUUAUAAUAUUAAUGCAAUAAACAAUUGGAAAGUCAAUGAGAAA